AGUUAACAAAACUACAAUAAAUGUCAUCAAAAUGAUACGUACGGGAAUAAUUGCAUUAUUGUUAGAAUCAAUUUUUGUGCUGAGCUGUCACGAAAAAUGCGUAGAUUAUAAAUUAAUACCAAUCGAUUCUAAUUUGAUCGAGACAUUACACAACAGACUUAGAGAUCAUAUUGCAUCUGGUAAAGCUAAAGUCGGAUUCAGUCCGUCUUCUGCAAGCAAUAUGAAUAUGUUGCAAUGGAGUGAUUGGCUUGCAAGGAUGGCACAGAAGUGGGUCAGUUGCUGUGUCCAGCUGAACGAUAAAAUGCAAUACGAUCCGGAGAAGAGUAAUUUGAUUGGACAAAACAUCUUAACGAUCACAACCAACCAUACCCCAGAUGAAGAAAUUCUCAUCUUACAUUGGUACAAGCAAGUUAAAAAUAUAAAAGAGUCGGACGUUAAAAAUUUCACAACUGUAGUGAAUAGUCACGGAAAAAUUGGGCAAUAUAGUCAACUGAUGUGGGCAAAAACAAGACAGGUCGGAUGCGCCAUGGCCAGUUAUUCUGAGAUAACACCUGAAGGCAUCAUAACGGGUAACAAGUUGUUUAGAUUUGUCUGUAAUUACACCCCAACUGGGAAUGUUUUUGGCGAGCCAAUUUAUCUAAUUAAUUCAUCACCGUGCUCCAAAUGUCCGAACGGUUGCGACGUCGUUAUGAAGAACUUGUGUAAAACCGGAAACCAUUCUUACAAGGCUUAUAGCUACCCAGACUUAUUAAUAAAAAAUCCAGACGACGUCACACUUUAUUCAAACGCAAACACACUUUUUUUAAUACAAGGUGCCGGACCAGAAAAUUCUAAUUCUGAAACUGAUGAAUUAUAUUCACAUAACGAAAUCAAUAACAGACAUUUAAUAAGUAUACCAAUUGAUUAUUACAAAACAGAAAAACAAAUCAACAUUUUGGAUUUUGAUGGAAUCAUAUCGAAAUAUAUUAGCACUUUGGAAACUAACACAUCCGUUCAGGAAAUUAUAAAAAUAAAAGGAGAGCUGUACCGCAUUGGACAUUUAGGAGUAUUUGCACUAUCUUAUGGUACUUGGAGAGCUGGUAACUGCAAAUGCGGUUUUAAUAAAAUUUUUAGAAGCGAAAGUCAAAAGGUUAAUGUAUCUUUUAUAUUAAUAUUGAGUGUUGUAUUUUGUAUUACUUUCAUGUAAUAAAAUGAUUUUAAAAGUA